AUGGAGAUGAAGGAAAGGAGCAGAAGUUUAGGUAGGGCAAACAAAAUUGCUUUUAAGGGCUUGGAUGUCAAAUUCGGACGACUCAACAUGCAGAAGGAGAAAGGUGACGAGGCAAACAAUGAUAAAGGUUGCGUCAAAGAAGAAUGGGAAAUUGAUCCUCACAAACUAACUAUUAAGAAUUUUAUAGCUCAGGGAGUUUUGCCUCUGUUCACCGAGGGGAUUAUGAUGGCCGAGAUGUUGCAGGGUUUUCUUUCAGUUAAAGUGUUUGACUGGGGUGAAGAUCAAAAGACGAAAGCUCAAAUUUCUUCACUUAGGAUAGCAUUUCGGCAAGAGGUUUCUGUUUGGCAUAACCUGACUCAUCCCAAUGUUUCACAGUUCAUAGGUGCUGUACUGGGUACAUCAGAAAUAAAAUUCCAAAACCACAGUGGUCAAAUUGGCAUGCCAGUCAAUUUGUGCUGUCUCGUCACUGAUUAUCAACCUGGGGGUACUCUGAAAUCCUACCUUGUAAAGAACCGGAAAAGAAAGCUGCCUUUCGAGAAAUUCAUGCAACUAUCUUUAGAUCUUGCAAGAGGGUUGAGCUACCUUCAUUCCAAGAAUAUUGUGCACAGAGAUGUGAAGACAGAAAAUUUGCUUCUUGACAAGAAUCAAGCACUGAAGAUAACUGAUUUCGGAGUUGCUAGACUUGAAGCUUUGAAUCCUAAUGAAAUGACAGGUUAUACUGGCUCACUUGGUUACAUGGCACCGGAGAAAGAGUAA